AUGAAUGCCGACAAUUGCCGCCCGACGUGCCUGGAGAUAUACGAGGCCAUACGUAAGAGCAAGGAGUACCGUUAUAUCAUAUAUCGCCUCGUUUCGGACUCGGUGGUCGACGUGGAGACCGUCGGCCCGCGCGACAACGACUAUAACCAGUUCCUGGAGGACCUGACACGGAACGGUUCCGUCGAGUGCCGCUACGGUGUCUUCGAUCUGGAAUAUAGCCACCUGUGUGAGGUGACCAAGCAGGAAAUCAAACGGGAAAAGCUAGUGCUGCUCUGCUGGUGCCCCGACGAUGCCAAGCCCAAGGGCAAAAUUCAAUAUCUGAGCUACUUGCGCCAGUUCAUGGAUCAGCUGAAGGGCGUCCAGUACUACAAGACGGUGCGCGAUAAGUUCGAGCUGUCGCGCGAUUCCGUCGAGGGUUACUUUUGUAGAAAGAGUACUAGGCAAUAA